AUGACCCACGUGCCCCUGCACCUGUGGAGGCCGCAGUUUGGCGACCCCCGCGAGGGAUCCCGCGGGGCUGUGCCCGGGACCCCCUCCCCGGAUGAAGCCCGAGGCGCGGCGCGGGUCGCCGUGCCGGAGCUGACGGGAGCCGCGCAGGCGGCGGACCCAACCACGACUGUGGCGUGCGGAGCAGAGGGCACCUCGUCCGGCAACGACCUCACGGUCUUGGCCCCCACCUCGUCCAACGAGGUGCUGGUGGCGGCCGACGAGUGGCUCUGCACGCAACCCUGCUGCCUUCCCCAUGGCCGGCCGGAGCCCUCCCCUGUACCAGCCACAGAGAACAUCAGCGUGUCUGUGCCUGCACCCCAAGAGGAGGACGACGGCAUUCCGGCGGCACGGCUCUCGUUGUUUGCACCGGAGCGGCUGAACCUCCGGUGGGAGAGCGACGUCUGCAAGGGUGCCGGCCUGCGCAACCUGGGGAACACCUGCUUCCUCAACGCCACGCUGCAGUGCCUCGCCUACACGCCGCCGCUCGCCAACUACCUGCUGCUGCAAGAGCACUGCAGCACCUGCCAACAAAGCGACUUUUGCCUGAUGUGUGUCAUGGAGCAUCACAUUGUCAGCACGUUCAACAACUCGCAGAGAGUGCUGACACCCAAGGUCAUAACUAAGAACAUCACGCGUGAGUCCCAAUACUACGUUCACACUUGCACUCGCAGGAGAAGUUAUCCCCCGCGAUCUUUCUCCAUCUGUGUUCCAAGCAUCGCCAAACACCUGCGCAUUGGGAGACAGGAAGAUGCCCACGAGUUUCUGCGAUACGUGGUAGAUGGCAUGCAAGCCUCAUGCCUCUAUGGCCACAGCGAGCUGGACAGAUACACGGAGGCUACCACCCUCAUUUACCAGAUCUUCGGGGGUUACCUUCGAUCACGUGUGGAGUGCAUGCAGUGCUGCAACCACUCCGACACCUUUGACACGUGCCUGGACAUUGCACUCCAUAUUAAUAACUCAUCAGAUCUUGUGGAGGCAUUUGAAGAGUUUUUUAACAAGGAGACGCUGGACGAAUACACCUGCGGAAUGUGCUGCUGCAAGGGGGAAGCGACGAAGACGAUGGCUCUCCACCGCCUGCCCAACGUCCUCACCGUCUCCAUCAAGCGGUACAACCUCUACGGCGUCAAGAUCAACCGGAACAUCACCUACCCGGAGCACCUGGACAUGCAACCCUUCACCUCAACGUCUCAGGGCGAGCCCGCGAUCUACUCCCUGUACUCGGUGCUGGUGCACAAGGGAGCCAACUCCAACAGGGGUCAUUAUUAUUGCUACAAUAAGAUCAGCGAUGGACAAUGGUGCUGCAUGAACGACUCCAACGUGCGGCACGUCGACACCAAGGCUGUGAUGAAUAAGCAGGCCUACGUGCUCUUCUAUAUUCGGUCCCCAGAAUUGAACGCGCCGCCAGCGGAGAGCUACUGCCCGCUGGAGCACGUCAAGGCGACGUCCUGGUCGUGCCUUAAGCGGCCCCACUCGGCGAAGGAAGACCCCGGACCCAGUUACCGGACAGCAGCUCUCCUCACCGGCGCGCAAGAAACCCAAGAUGUCGGACCGCCCCAACGGGAACAACUGCCGGAGCCACUGCAAGUGCGACGGCAGGAACAGCAGCAGCAGCAGCUACCGGCAACGCCAGACACGCAACAGCCGUUGCCGCUAGUCCCAGAGCAGCCACCACCACCACCCCGAUCUCACAGCAGCCGCUGCCAUUCCACCAGCAACCACCGCCAGUCCUACAGCAGCCACCACCACCACCGCCGCAGGUCUCAUAGAAGCCGCCGUCAGCACCACAGCAGCUGCUGCCACCGCGUGUCCCACAGCAGCCAGUCCAACAGCAGCCAGUCCAACAGCAGCCAGUCCCACAGCAGCCAGUCCAACAGCAGCCAGUCCAACAGCAGCCACCGCCACCAGUCCCACCACAGCCACCGCCACUCUGGUCGCACAGCAGCCACCACCGGUGUAACAACUGGCACUCGCCCCACCAAGAUAAGUCGCUGGUUAAAAUCCAUGAUCACGUGUCUAACCUCUUGCUUCCCCUCAAGAUCAAACUAAUUUUGAGAGACAUUUUACGAAGGCACCAGGUAGAGGCUCACCAUGGCGUCGCCCGCCCCCCUAAAAUGUAUU